AGAUGGCGGAACUGGGGAAGAAGUACUGCGUGUACUGCUUAGCCGAGGUGAGCUCCCUGCGCUUCCGCUGCACCGAGUGCGCCGACAUCGAGCUCUGCCCCGACUGCUUCUCGGCGGGCGCCGAGAUCGGCCCGCACCGGCGAUGGCACGGCUACCAGCUCGUCGAUGGCGGCCGCUUCACCCUCUGGGGCGCCGAGGCCGAGGGCGGCUGGAGCAGCCGGGAGGAGCAGCUGCUGCUGGACGCCAUCGAGCAGUUCGGCUUCGGCAACUGGGAGGACAUGGCUGCUCACGUUGGAGCAUCCCGAACGCCCCAGGAGGUGAUGGAACACUAUGUGAGCAUGUACAUCCAUGGGAACCUGGGAAAAGCCUGCAUCCCGGACACUAUUCCCAACAGAGUAACGGAUCACACCUGCCCCAGCGGUGGCCCGCUCUCCCCUAGCUUGACCACGCCGCUGCCGCCGCUGGACAUAUCGGUGGCCGAGCAGCAGCAGCUGGGGUACAUGCCGCUGCGGGACGACUACGAGAUAGAGUACGAUCAGGACGCAGAGACUCUGAUCAGUGGCCUCUCAGUGAACUACGAUGAUGAUGAUGUGGAAAUAGAGCUAAAGAGAGCUCACGUAGACAUGUAUGUGAGGAAACUCAAGGAGAGGCAGCGGAGGAAGAACAUUGCACGAGACUACAACUUGGUACCGGCCUUUCUGGGUAAGGACAAAAAGGACAAGGAGAAAGCUCCCAAACGAAAGAUCACAAAAGAAGAGAAGGAGCUGAGGCUGAAACUGAGGCCUCUGUACCAGUUUAUGUCUUGUAAGGAGUUUGAAGACUUCUUUGAGAACAUGCACAAGGAGAGGAUACUUCGAGCAAAGAUUCGGGAGCUGCAGCGGUACCGUCGAAAUGGAAUCACCAAAAUGGAAGAGUCGGCGGAGUAUGAGGCAGCCAGGCACAAACGAGAGAAGAGGAAGGAGAACAAAAACAUAGCUAGCUCCAAGAGAGGGAAGGAAGAUGGUAAAGAAGGUGAAUUUGCUGCCAUUGAAAACCUGCCUGGCUUUGAACUCUUAUCAGACAGGGAAAAGGUGCUGUGCAGCUCUCUAAAUUUGAGUCCUGCACGUUAUGUGACUGUAAAAACCAUCAUCAUUAAAGACCAUCUCCAAAAAAGACAAGGAAUUCCUUCCAAGAGUCGCCUUCCCAGUUACUUGGAUAAGGUACUGAAGAAAAGGAUUUUAAACUUUCUAACAGAAAGUGGUUGGAUAUCCAGGGAUGCUUCCUGAGACUCAGCUGAUCUGAAAGAAGACAGCAGAGGCCCAGUACAGCCUCCAGGACUCCCUUAUGAUUUUCUUUUCCUUCCCUCCCCAAAGAUACAGAAAUUUUGUCACUUAAGAACCAACAAAAAACGCAAGCACAUAAAGCCCUGCAGCAUUCAUGAUCCAUGGUUCAGAUAGACUUUUGCUUUGGAUCAUGGAAAGUAUUUAAUUGUGAAACUUCUGCAUUGGAUUCACUGCUUUUGGUACAUCGUAAGAGCAUAUUUCUUUCACGGGAACUUAAGUCCAAUAGCCUUCAAGGAGUUACUUUACUCCUUACUGCUGGACACAUGCGUAUCAGUGUAAUCCUUGCUUUUCUUUGAAGAUGGGAGACAGUUUCAUUUGCUGGAAAUCUUCUUCUCCCAUUGUUUCAUUAUUUUGGCGUCAUGCUGGCAGCAAAGUGAAGCUUAUAAAAGUUCUGAGCUCAGGAGCAUGGUGAGCCAGGAUUUUUGUGACCGUUGUUGAGCUUUCAGUUCCUUCUCCUUGGUAACUACAGCCAAGGAUGAGAGCUUCUGUCAGGAAUACAGCAGGGAUGAGCCAUGGCAGGGAGGGGAAGCAGAGAAAUACAGGUAGGUGAGAUGCCUUAAGGUACUUGUACUGUGGAAAGGGUUCUUGAAGAGCUGCCUCCACACCCUCCGAAGCUGCAGCAUUCACUAAUGAGUAGCAGAGUUGCAGUAGUACGGGGGAGCUGUGGUGGUGUGUUCCAGAAGAGGGGUCAGUACUACUGAGAAGUAGCUGAUUUCCUGUUUGGGAAAACAGGCAGUAGACUGUCUUGCAGUGGUUGGGAGCCUCAGGCAGCAAAAUCACCCUUUCGUUGUGUUGGGGAAACCUGCUUCUACUUUGGUAUCUGUAACUUCUGAGCUUCUAUGGGCUGAGGCAUGUAGCUGCCUCUUCUGAUUUGAUUGGGAGGGACAGGGAGUGAGACUCUCACGUGGAAGGUGAUCACUGAGUGGUUUUUAAAAACAAAACUGAGAAGUGAUGCAGAUCAGGUUGAGGUGCACAGCUGGUGUGCUGCUGAGUCACAGAGCUGUGGAUCCAGUCCUUGCAGGGUUCUAGUUGCACAGACCUUGAAAUGUACCAGAAUGAACCUGCUGAAAUUACUGACGUGGUAGGAGAAGUGGGAUGCAGCCCACCACAGAGAGAACAGUGCACUGGGAGAGGGGACUGAGCACAACUUGUAGGGGCUGCAGUCUAGACUGGGUGCUUGUCUUGGGCACCAGGUUGUGAUGGAACACAGCAUAUAACAGGAACACCAAAUGCACGGUGCUCUUGUAGUAUGGUCUACCGAUUAAGGGAAAGAUGUUGAAGGAGGACUAGAAAAGGAUUUUCAUGCUCACUUUGUCCUUAAAUUCCCAUACCAGUAUUUAACCUAAUGAACAAGCAGUUGCCAGGUGGAACUGCACAGUGCUGCUUGUGCCUGCCACUGAACGUCAGUUGGGCAGGUCUUCUGGAGUGCAUGUGUGCCAAAACAUGGACCUUGACUGGCCUCAGAGCAAGUGCAAGCACUGGAAAUGUUGGCUUGGUUUGCUGCUUUGGGCUGUAGUCAAUGAGGGUACCACAAAAUCUGAACCAGGUGUUGAUUCUGCAGUUCAGCAGAGUACACUAAUCAGGACUGAGUUUCCAUUACUAUGUUCAGCAUUACCAAAAGAGUGUUACCAGUGAGAUUAGAAUGAAAAGGUGAAAUUACAAAGCCAGCAUUUCUAAGCAAGAAAAUAACAAAACUCUAGUGCCUUUUUCUUUUGAGCUUGUAAUGUCGUGUCCUUUCAGAAGAGGUAAGGGCUAUGUCCUCUGGGAUGUACUACUUUGGCUUACCUGUGAGUGGCUUGUUGUGGAACACCUGGGGCAAAACUGCUUCUCCUUGGCAGCGGUGGAGCUAACCGCACUGCGCUGAGUAGCUUUAAGAACUACUUCCACCCUAGGUGCGUGCACAAACAGCACACAGGUUCCUGAGGUGUAAACCCUCAGUUAAUUUUCUGUCCUCCUCUGGGAAGGAGGCUCAGCCUCCUUUCUGUGUCCUUGUUAUGCAAUUUUGGUUCUUCAUUAACCUGUUACCUAACUGCCAUAGCACACACCAUUACUGAGAGUUUUCUGGAGUCUCAACUCUGUGUGGAGCUGGGAGGUUAAAAGAUUUGAGGGGGGUGUUCAUGAUUUUUUUCCCCUCAAAUCUGUGAUUUUUAUAUUUCUACAGUGUUUUGGCACAUACAGGUCUAACUGAAGCAAUAGCCUAAAGCCCAGCUGAACAGUAACUUUAAAAAAUCUAGGCACUAAUAAGUCAUUUAAAUGUUGAAGUGAAUUCUACACUUUGUAGUUUCUUAAUUCCUCAGCCCCUACAAAAAGUGUUGGAUCGUUUUUGGUUGGUGGUUUUUUUUUUUGUUUGUUUGUUUGUUUGUUUUGGUGCUAGAAGUAACUUAUUAAACAUCAAAAUGAAUGUAAAAUAAAGUAUUUUUAAUGUAUGAAAUAUGGAUAUCAAUAUUUAUUUUAUACUUGCAAGCAAAUUCAUGUUGGUAACUGUUUGCUUUAGCAAAUACUAGUCUCUUGGAAAGGGCUUCCCUAGAAGCAGUGUCUCAUUGUCAGCUACGCUUUUAAUUUUAAAGGUGACUUGCACUAGAGGAUGCUGCUGUUCCCUAUCUUCAUAUGGAACUGAUAUAGUCUCAGCAUUCCUUUGUAAUGAGCUGCUGAUUUUUGUUUGUCUGUUUUUAAGUUGAGAUGCAGUUAUGUUAAUCCAGCAACUUACUAGAGCUAUGCUGCUUCUCUUCUGUGGUGAAGAGGCUGAGAAAAAAACAUGGCAGAGCUCUUCAACUUGUAUCUUGUGUGCAUCUGGAAGUGCUUCCUGUACUGUACAAAUAACUUAGCCUUCAUGUUGCUAAUGAAAAGGUGUUUUAUAUGCUUAAUGUUCUUGACUUUUCUAAUUAAAGAUAUUACUAAUGAUAGUGUCUGUCCUAGCAGCAUUGAUGUAAGCCUAUGAGAAAAAUGACACUCCAUAAGCUGUUCCAAAUACUGAUCUGCUACUGACAGAGGCAGCAAUAAGACUGUUUUAAUGUUGUAUGUUUACUUCAAUCAGUCCACUCUCAAUGGUGUUUUACAGUAAUUUGCUCACUAAAUAACAAGGGAGAAUCACAUCUCCUCUCUGUGUGUACUACCCAGUACAGAAGGGUUUGUUACAGAGCAUUUUGGAUACAGACCCUCCUGCCCUGGCCGACUGCAGUCCCAGCAAGCAUUAAGGUCAGCAUUAGUAGGCUUGCAGGAGUCUUGGACCAUAAACUGCCUUGUCAAUCACACAAACCGAGCACUCUGCCAUUACUCUCUUGUGCUGUGGCUGCAUCUAGUACCUUUGCAACUGUAACAGACUCCACCAGCCUCUGGGUUUGCUGUCUCUGCUUGCAAAAUGUUCUUGCAUGUGCCCCAGCUGCUCUUCGGUGCUGAUGCGCUAAGUACUGUGAAGGAAGGUGCCUGGUGAGCACACUCGGCUCCUCAGCUUCUUUCUUAAAGGGAAUGUUGCACUCAUUUGAGCGGUGUGCUGGUGGAGCUGUGCCAGACACACAAAUGCCUGUGCUGAAAUCAUGUGAAACCUAACUGACGUUGUGCACACUCAGCAUUUUACUAGGGUUUUGCAUUGUAUAUUGGUAAAUAAAAUUGUAUUAAAGUUUGUUUCUACUAUUGA